CCGGGCUCGUGACCGCCGGCGGCUCGGGGAACCGGCGCUCAGAGAGCCCAGGAGAGAUGGCAGGCGGCGGGGACCUGCGCGUCAUGGACACCCUCCGCCUGCUGCUGCUGGUGGCCGCCCUGCCCCUGGUGUCCCGGGGUGUCAGUCGGGGAGCGGCAGACUGGACCCAGGAGAAGAAUUAUCACCAACCAGCCCUUUUGAAUGUAUCGUCUCUUCGACAAGUUGCAGAAGGCACCAGUAUUUCUGAAAUGUGGCAAAAUGACUUACGACCGUUGCUGAUUGAGCGAUAUCCCGGAUCCCCUGGAAGCUAUGCUGCUCGCCAGCACAUCAUGCAGAGAAUUCAGAGACUUCAAGCUGACUGGGUCUUGGAAGUGGAUACCUUCUUGAGUCAGACACCCUAUGGGUACCGGUCUUUCUCAAAUAUUAUCAGCACCCUCAAUCCCACUGCUAAACGACACUUGGUCCUCUCCUGUCACUAUGACUCCAAGUAUUUUCCUCAUUGGGACAACAGAGUGUUUGUGGGAGCCACUGAUUCAGCUGUGCCGUGUGCGAUGAUACUGGAACUUGCCCGGGCCGUAGACAAGCAACUCCAUUCGUUGAAGAUGCUGAACUUGAAGAAAGCAAGAAUUGUUUAUAACCUCUCAUACAACAUUGCAGACUUACAUAAGAAUAUUUCAGACUCGAAGCCAGAUCUCUCACUCCAGCUAAUUUUCUUUGAUGGAGAAGAGGCUUUUCUUCACUGGUCUCCUCAAGAUUCUCUGUAUGGGUCUCGGCACUUAGCUUCCAAGAUGGCAUCAACUGCACAUCCACCUGGAGCGAGGGACACCAACCAAUUGCACGGCAUGGACUUAUUGAUCUUACUGGAUUUAAUUGGAGCUCCAAACCCAACAUUUCCCAACUUUUUCCCAAACACUGCCAGAUGGUUUCAUAGACUUCAAGCAAUUGAACAUGAACUCCAUGAAUUAGGUUUGCUCAAGGAUCACUCUUGGGAGAGGCAGUAUUUCCAGAAUUAUGGUUAUGGAGGUGUGAUUCAGGAUGACCAUAUUCCAUUUUUAAGAAAAGGUGUUCCAGUUUUGCAUCUGAUACCAUCUCCUUUCCCUGAAGUCUGGCACACCAUGGAUGACAAUGAAGAAAAUUUGGAUAAAACAACCAUUGAUAAUCUAAACAAAAUCCUAAAAGUCUUUGUGUUAGAAUAUCUUCAUUUGUAAUAUUCUGGUUUAGUUUAUGAUAAUUGCAUCUAGUAUUAUAUUCAAAAGUCAAAAUAAUAAUCUGACUCCAGAUGCUGUGUGGAAACUUCUGUGUGGAAACUUCUAUCCUAUAGAUUCAUUCUAUAGGUAUCUUUGAAUAUCCUAGAUUUAUGUCAUGUCCAAAUUGCUUAUUCAUUUUCAUCUAGUGAUAAAGAAAGGGAAAUGUAAGAAAAACUGAAGGUAAAUAUCUUUUAAAAACUUCUUUAGAUAAGAAACUAUGAAGCUAAAUCAGAUGUGUAUAGUCAGUAUCACGUUUUUCUAAAUAGUACUUAAAUAUGAUGGUCAUGUGCAAAGUGCAGCCUUAGUUUUAUGAUUUUCUUAUCCUUGGGAAUCUAUUGCAUAUAAUACAAAACAGAGAUGCAGUUUGAAGACUCAAUUUCUUUGAGAAAUCUUUGUACGGUUUAUUUCAUGGAAGUUAAAUCAGAAUUAAAUGCCAUGUUGUGAAUGUC